AUGGCGGUUGUUGAGAGUGGAGUUGGUGGUGCUGUUGCUGCUGCUGCUGAUGCAGGAGUCGUGAUCCAGCCGCCUUCUUCGCCAACAAGUCAAGACUCCGGCGUAUCGUCCGACGAUCAGAACCAUCACUCGUCGUCAAGGAUCGAGCUUGGCGGCCAGAUUCUCCGACACGAUCAAGGUGGUCUCUACAGCAAGAUCGGGUCCCACGUGGCGAGAUCCGACGGCGCGGAUGGUGGAGAGAGCUACAAGCGUGACAUGAGGGAGCUUCAGGAGCUUUUCUCCAAGCUCAAUCCCAUGGCUGAAGAGUUUGUUCCUCCCUCGCUGACUAAACAAGGUGGUAACGGAGGAAUCAACGGUGCUAACGGUGGUUUCUUCACCUCCGCUGGUUCCUUUUUCCGCAACGGUAACGCUAACGGUGGUUUCUUCACCUCUGCAGCUCCGCUGGCUACGGUAACGAAAACGGCGGUUUCCGACGGAAGAAGAGCUUUGGUCAAGGGAAACGGAGGAUGA